AUGGUAUCGUCGUCUUUGACCCAAAACCCUCCGGAGGCGGUCGAAAAGCGCGCGCUACGAGAAGACCCAAACGGCGGACGAUGCCUGCUACAAAACAGCGCCGACAACGAACCAGAACCUGUGCUUCCUUGCUACGUCGUUCCAAAGGAAGUGGAGAAGGACCACAGACUUAUGACUGCGAUUGAGUAUAACUUCCAGCAAGAACAUAUGUCACUCAACCUCGAUUCAAGAAAGAACGUGUUUUUCGUUAGCACGACGCUUAGAGACCUGUUCAUGGCGGAAAAAUGGGGGCUGCUUCCAGAGAAAGCGAUUCUCGACCGGUACUGUGAUAGCUACGGUUUUCCCUUUGCGCGAGGAUGGGUCCCAGAAUUUAAGGACAAGCUUUACAAGUACACCAUCGUACCGUUGACACCUCCAGAGGACCAAUUCCCCAUUCCCGUCAUACAUCGCUACCCGAAUCCUGACUCCGAGUCUUCGGGUGGCACUCCCACCGCCUACCCCUUCCCGUUCAAAGAGUUCCCAACUAUCACCUCCCACAUCCACCCAAACUUUGCCCUCUUCAGCCUUGGGCGCAUCAUCCGCAAGUUGUAUUGGAACACCAAAUUCGUCAAUCUCUUCGACGAAUACCCGAUCUUCCUUCAAAUCGCAACAAUUUACCGUUUGUGGAUUAUGCUACCCGAUGAUGCAUUCGAGCGUGAAGAUUUCCACUAUCGCUCCCGCCGUGCUCUACUCGAGGAGUUUGAGGCUGAGAGUGACGCUUCCUGCAUCGCCUCAGUGAAGCCACCGCUGAAGGAUGCUGAGGCGGAUGAGGGUCAAUUGAGUGAUGCUGGGACCGAGCCUCGUCGCGUUUACCAUCCUCCCCCGCCGAAGCGAAAGCGUCCGACGGAGCCCACACAGCAUCAGAGCUCCAACAAAAAGCGCGAAGAGGACAACUAUUGGCACGGUGCGUCUAUCGCCAGGUGGGACUAUGCUGUCCAGCAGAGCAUGCCCGAGGGACGUGUAGGAUGUAGCUCAUUUGAGUCUUGUUGA